GUAGAGGCGGCAUCGAAACCUUGCAAUUGUGCGAGAGGAGUGGCUAAAAAUCGAUUGGUUCCCUCCGGCCGCCGGUACAUCUCUCUAUAUCCCUACGAUUUGUGUCUUCAGUUUUCUAUUUUUCCUUUACGGCGUUUCCUUCGUUUAGACCGCUAUGGGUAGGCCUUCGUCCACGGUUGAGAUCCCUGACAAACGACACCGUAUAGAGAACGGUGCUCACUCGCCGGAUUCCGACUCACCCCGCGACCACCGCCGUCGUCGAAGCCCCGACUAUGGUAGGUACGAUCCCGAUUCCGAGCGCCGCCAUCGCCGUCGGUCCGAUUCGCCUGAUUAUCCAAACCCUAGACGAAGCCCUAGAUCCGACGCCCGGCGGGUUGGCUCUGGAGACCGCAAGAAUCGUUCCGCUACGUUUUUAGACCGCGAUUAUAAGAACGGGCGAUACUCGGAGUCGGAGUCCGAUGAGGAAUUGAAGGGGUUGAGUUUUGAAGAGUAUCGCAGGCUCAAGAGGCAGAAGCUGAGGAGGAUGUUGAGGAAUUGUAUAUGGAACGUUACGCCGAGUCCUCCGAGAAACGCGAAUGAAGAGGAAUUCGAACCGGAACCGGAGGAGUUCACAGAGAAAUAUGUUGUAGAAGAGGACAAACGAGAAAACAAUGAUUUGAAGAAGGAGAUCAAGGGAAGCGCAAAAUCCGAGUUAGAACGAUCAGAGAGAAGUGAAUCUGAGAGCGAGUCGGAGUCUGACUCUGAAUCCGAGGAUUCACGGUCUAGGAGAAAGAGAAAGGGUUCGAGGUCUAGGAGGAGAACUGGGAAAUCAUCCUACAGUGACGGCGAAUCGGAUGGUGAUGACAGUGAAAGUGAUGAUUAUGAAGAUUCACGAUCGAGGAAAAAGGGGAAGAGCUCGAGCUCUAGGAGGAGGAAUAAAAAAUCAUCCUACAGUGAUAGUGACUCAGAAGAUGAUGCAAGUGAGAGUGAUGACGAGAAAGAAGAUAAUCGGAGGAAGAAGAAGUCGAGCAGAAGCAGAAGUAGACGAAGUGGGAGCAGUAGGAAAAGUAGCAAGAGGAAAAGGAGGAGUAGGAGGAGUUAUUCAGAUGAAAGUGAUAGUGAAGUGAGUGGAAGUGACGAAUCUGAUAGGCCAAGGUCACAGAAGCAGGGGCAAGCUUUGUCAACUAAAUCUAAAAGGAGCAAGAAAAAGAGCAGGUCUGAAACAUAUAGUGAGAGUUCAUAUUCCGAUAAGAGUUCAGAUUCUGAAGUUGAUGCAAAAAGCAAAAUGAAGGCAGAGGAUGUAAUGAUAAAUGAAGUUAAUGCAGAGGCUUUAAUAUUUAAAGAGAUGAUUGAAUUACAGAAGAAGCCUGCAUUGGAUAAUGAACCGACUGUUGGUCCAAUGCCAUUGCCCAGAGCAGAAGGGCACAUUAGUUAUGGUGGUGCGCUUAGGCCAGGUGAAGGUGAUGCCAUUGCCCAGUAUGUUCAGCAAGGGAAGCGUAUUCCUCGAAGAGGAGAAGUGGGUCUUUCAGCAGAGGAGAUCCAGAAGUUCGAGGGCCUUGGUUAUGUUAUGAGUGGCAGCAGGCACCAGAGGAUGAAUGCAAUUCGUAUCAGGAAAGAAAACCAGGUUUAUAGUGCAGAGGACAAAAGGGCAUUGGCAAUGUUUAACUACGAAGAGAAGGCAAAACGUGAGCAUAAGGUUAUGGCUGAUUUGCAGCGACUGGUGCAACGCCACAUUGGGCAGGAUGUUGGUCCCACUCAUGAUCCUUUUGCUGUGAAAGGUGCUGAGGGCACUGAUACUUGAACCUAAUUGCUUAUGUGAUGCACAAUCUUUGUAUAGCUCAUGCAAUAACGAUGAAGGUUCAGGACAUGAGCUGAUUAAGGUACCUCAUGUGUUUCAGACUAGCCCACACUAUUGUAACAUCAGUUUGGCUCAGAAUCAUCACUCAAAAUUUAUCAAAGAUUUGAGGGCAUUUGACUCAGAUUCAGCCAUUAUAAGCAUGCAAAAUUAGAGAAGAGAAAAGAAGCUGCAGAUGAACUCUGCUAAGCACAUAUGCUAGUAGUUUCACUGCCUAAGGGAAUUCUGCCACGCCAGCAUCUAAUUGAGUUUUCCAAUACGAAGAUUGAGCUUUUUUUUUUACCUUUUGGAUGAAUGAAGAAAAGCUGGGUGGAGGGUCACUUGGAAAUCAAGAAAACUCCUUUGCAGUGGGGAGGGGUGUGUUUUUAUGCAGCCUGAUGAGAGGUCAAAGUCAAGCUCUGUGGGGGGCAACUUUUUCUGCAGUCAAAUGUAUUGGCCUGACUGGACUAAACCCAAAAUAACAGGCGGACAGGAGAACAACAGAGGAUACUGGAUAUCACGGCAGUUGAAGGUAAAGAGAGGCUGAAAUGAGCCCAUUGGUCCUGUGAUAUUCCAUAUCUGGGUGCGGCAGCAGCAGGGACAUGCACUGGUCAGGCACUGCUGUUUUGUACUACCCUUAUGGCUUAGAUUCCACAGUGAUAAGAAGCAUCCACUUUCCCCCACUAACAGGGACAAAUCAGGGUUUCCAAUGCCUUUUCCUAGUUUACAGUAUUAACUUUAUGCCCAAGGUUUGACCUCCUAAUCCUCAUGUCCAGAGACCUCAGAAGACUGAAGAGGUCAUUAUUUUGGGGCACUACACACUCUGGGAAGGAAAAUGGAGAAAGACCCUCAGUUUUUUUUUACCUAAUUUUAGUCUAAUAAUAUUUCUUUAUAUAUUUAUUCAACAUGGUGGAUUGAAUUUUGAGUUGGAUGAUAACCAAUUUCACACCUCAGAAUUUUCUCCAUAUCAAGCUAUAAGUUUGGUCAGAGUCAAAAUUUCCAUUUUCCCCCUUUUCUAGCACAAAGAGGUAAUGGUUUUUUCUUAUAAUAAUUGUUGAUGAUAUGAACCCACUUUUUUACAAUGAGGGAAGGCGUCACGUCUUGAUCCACGGUUUGGUUCAAGAAUUUUGAGUCAAUACCAAUCCUCUUAUGUCUAGGUGGGUGAUGUAUUUGAUUAUUUUAUAUUAUUUUUUCAACUAAUAAAAUUUACAUUGAAACUGCAUUUUGAAAAUAUGGCUUCAUAUUUUGCAUUGAAGUCUUAUAUCAUUUGAACUGAAGAAUGUGACUUUAAUGCAAAUGAUGAAUGAUAUUUUCACAAUGUAGUUUUAAUUUAGAUUAAAAACCCGUAUUUUGAAAAUGUGAUUUCAACCUAAUUAAAAAAAUAAACAAAAUACAAAUUUAUUUACGAAGGGAAUUCACGGGGAGCACACUUGACAUAAAGUAGUAAACUUGGAUUCACAAGAGAAGAAUUGAUGUGAUAUUGUAGCAAAGGAAGUUGUUUGAUAUCCCGUGACCUGAAUGAAGACAAGACGAGGCAUUAGGAAGGAACUCAAGGGGAGAAUCCUCAUUCCAAGAUUUUCUUCUCCCUCUCUUUAUCAUUCUUGUAAGUUUAUAUUGAACCUCUGCUUAACUUUUUGACCCC